UUACGUCUUGCACACGGGGACGUCUACGAGGGUCUGCAGGUCUUUCACGGCGGCUUCCAUCAGGUCAGCGGUCACACUGCUGGGCACUGGCAGCGAAAACUCCUGCACUCAACACAUAGACACACGCAUAAGAUUCACGCAGUUGUGUGUGUUGGCGAUGGCGUGUUUGUCGCCUUACGCUCUGGUGCGUGUGGCCGGCUGUGUCUGUGUGCUGGACGAUGACCGUCCAUGCGCACCCACCGUAGUGACAGCAGGUCAUCCUGCACACAAGACAAAUCAAAACAACGCGCAUUGCAGUGGUUCUGUGGCCCUGUGUGACGGACUCACCACUGAUGCCCAGAUCGAUGCCCUCCAUCUCCCGCCCCAGCCUGCCGUCCCCUUGCCGGACCCGCCACUGCAGCCAACCCGCACACAAGGAGCUGAGCGCUCUCUGCACAUGGAUGGAUCCGGUGUUGUGCUUAUACUUACCUGGAUUCGGUGCCGCGUCUGUGUGAAGAGGCUCUCCAGCACACACUUGUGGAACUGCUGAAUGGUCAAUGGUCAUCGGCUCACGGCGCAUGGCCUGGCCGCACUGCCCGGGCUCCUCCGGGGGACCCUCCCUCAACCUCACUCGCACCUGACGCAAAGGGAAGGGCAAGCAACAUCUGUCUGUCUGUCAUGUGCGUGAUUGCCUGCCUGGCUGUCUGCCUGCCUGCCUGCCUGCCUGUGUGGGGAUGUGAUGUAGCCUUACCCUCCUGCUGCGCCCUCUCCCUUUCCUCCUUCUCCUUUUGCUCCUUUCGCUCCCUCAGCGUCCGCCUGAUGGCCUUCAGGUCACCGCCCCAUAUCUGCAACGUGUACAUCAACCACACCAUGCACACGUCGCUUUGCUCUCGCACAACACGCUGACGUCGUCAGUCUUUCAUCGCUGACCUUCUCAGCAGCAGACAGCUCCAGGCCAUGGCCCUCUCCCUCCGCUUGAAGGCGAUAGAGGGGUUGCGCGACGACAUGAGCGGGUCAUCGACAGUCACCGCGUCCGGAGAGAGGUCGACCGUCUGGUCCUCCUCUGACUGUGGGCCAUCUGCCGAGUGCGGACGACCUUGGGGUCAACAUCCGCAUCCUAUACAUAUACGCACAAGAGAGAGAGCAAACGGGUGUGUGGUGUGGUGUCGUGCGGUGUGGUGUGUGUCGUGCCUACCGUGAAGUCGUCCUGAACAGACACACAGGAAAGCAGGCAAGCACAGCCGUGGGCGGUCAGUGAGCUGGGCUGCAUGUGUUGUCUGCUGUGAAGUGUACCUCGCUGUCCCUGCCCACCUUCCAGUCAUCUGGGAAAACAGCAGCAGUAUACACCUUCCGCAGGCCGGCGGGCUCUACAUGAACAUUCUCGCUUCGGGCGGGCCGAUAGCCUUGAUGAUGGCUUCAUUGAGCUCAUCGCGGGUGAGGAGCUUGUCGGGCUUUGUGAGUAGCGCGUUGAACAGCCUCAGCGUGGUUGGAUCCUUGAAUUCGCUCGAGGGUGCUGCUGUACGAGGGCUACGUGGUCGAGGGUGCUUGAUCUGGAACCACGUUCGCUGCCGUCUCUGUCACAGCUGCUCUAUUGAAGAUCCUUGUCCGACUUACUAGUGUGUGGUACGUAUCGAUCGCAGAAAGAAGCCCCUCGAAUAUAAAAUGUAGGCAACGAUGACCUGUUGAAGGAGACGUUGGAGACGCCUUUCGGUGUUUCGCUGAGGCUGAAAGAUCCACCCUCCUACCCAUUUGCCAACACAUAGCCAUGGAGCAGACAGAGACAGACGUCAAUAUUCGCCACCCAGCAAUUUGCACACUCCCAUCCCGCCCUGCGUACUCUCUUUGGUGAUGGCUGAGCCACAUUCUUGUGCUGCUUGCGUGGCAGGUGGGGACGGAAGAGGUGACGGUGCUUUCGGACUGAUGGCGCGAAGGGGAUGGGGUCGGACCGGGCCU